AUGAAGGUCACGAUCAAGGAAUGGAACGCGGUGGCAACCUGGCGCUGGGACAUGCCCGAGGACGAGGUCUGCGGCAUAUGUCGCGUCCAGUUCGACGGAACUUGCCCGACAUGCAAAUUUCCCGGAGACGACUGUUCACUGUUAAUCGGAAAGUGUGGCCAUUCUUUCCACAUGCACUGUCUUAUUACAUGGAUUCAGCAAGAAUCUUCAAAGGGACUGUGCCCCAUGUGCCGACAAACUUACUUAUACUUCCUACUGGAGAUGUCGUCUUUGCCCAAACAACACAAUAUCACACAAUCGUCCUCAUCCGCUAGGCAGUCUCCCUUCCGCGCGACAAAUACUACUGGCGCCAUCCCGCCCACCACAACAUCGAGGCCGCGGCCUAUCGGGCAUUUGCCCGAAAAUAAACAAAAAGAUGCCUCUUACAAUCAGCUAGGAGAUAAUAUUUCCCAGUCCGAACAUGAAGGCAAAACCGCACCCGAAGUCCCAUUCAAAGGGCCAAAAGAGAACCGACCAAAACCGGCGCCAAACUUCAAACCCUUCUUUACACUAAUCGAAGACGCCAACUCUUCCGAUUACCACCAUCCAACUGUGCAUUACAUCUUCUCCGACGAUGACGCAGAAUUGAUGACGGAGGCUUCGCUGAGAGUCCUUGAAACAGGGAGCCAUGCAACAUCCCCUCUUCCGCUACAUACAAAUGAUAAUGAAGAUGCAUUAGGAUCUGGAGCAAACCAGCAGCACUCGUCGGAUAUUGACAGACCCUCGCUUUUACCCCCACCAAUACCAGGGGUGAAGGAAAGAUUCAUCGUCCUAGAUGUUGAGCAAUCCUCAAACACCGCAAUCGGAAACCCGUCAUCAGCCCCUGACGCUCUCGUGGGCACAUCGGCCGGUACAGGAACAACCGUUGUAUCAAGUUCGUCGGCCCCAAAGCAGACAGAAACCACAUCAAACCCAUUCGGCUAUCGUAUCGUCUCUGCGCAUAGUCUUACGCCUGAUUGGCAGGUUCUCGACGCAUCACUCAGUCCCGCACCGACAUUCGACACACCGCAACAAACCACCAGCGAUCAAGCUGGUGUCAGUAACACGCUCAUGCUUCGAAUCCAAGGUACAAGUGGAUACUCGCGCGACAUACCAGUCGGAAAGGACAGGCAAGAACAAACAUUGGAAGAAAUGAUGGAGCAGUUUGACAAGCGCAUGUCGGAAUUGAGAAGGGUGAUUGAAACGAGUGGUGAUUAUUCUCCGCUGGUGGUGACGACGACUGCUCAGCAGGGAUAUGAGGAAAAGGGAGCUGAUGAACAGGGAAAAGAGACUCGUGAAGAAACUGGUGAAGGAGCUGCUACAAAUGAAUCAAGACAGGGCCUGUAG